ACGCACACACACACGCACACACACACACACACACACACACACACACACACACACACACACACACACACACACACACGCACAACAUACUUGCUGGCUUCUCCCGCGCCGACGGGCAGCAGCAGCGACAGCGCGACAACAAGCAGCACAGCCAUGCCUCUGUGCAACCACAUCAACCACGUCCGGAUUUUCCCACUGUUGUUGUUGUUGACGACGAUGAUGAAUGCGUGGCGGUGCGUGCUUCAUGGAAUGAUGCCUGUGGGCAGACUGCACAGGCCGGCUCACGUGGGCACGCAGGUGAGGGGCUUGGUUAGAAGGCGGCUGGUCAGGGCGCUACAUGGCGGCGGCGCGGCACACAUUGAUAGGAGGCAGCAGGUAUCUCAACGACGGCGAUGGUGGUGGCUGGCGUGUGUCCUUGGCGGCGGUGUGGCGACCACGACAGCAGCAGCGGCGGCAGUGGCCAAUGCAGAAGGAGAGCGCCCCCUGGUGGCAAAUGAGGCAUCCCUUUACAAGCUACUGCACGCCAUCUACAACGACCUUGAUGCAGACUAUGGCAUCGCAGGCUUUGCUGCCCUCUCCGACCAAGAAGAGGACGACAUUGAUGAAUCCGGUGGUCACAGCGCGUAUGGGGAGAUCCUGCCCCAAGGGGUGACGGCGGUCAUGCAGGCAAUUCAACCCCACCCAGGCUUUGUCUUCUACGACCUCGGCUCCGGCCUGGGCAAGAUGGCCAUGCAGGUAUUCUUGCAGUUUCAAGCUGGGAAAGCGUGUGGUGUUGAGCUGGCGCAGACGCGCCAUGAGGCUGCACAGAAGGCCUUGGCCAGGCUGACAAAGAUGCUGGGCACGGACCCGGUGAACCUUCAGUUUGUGCACGGCGAUAUCAUGAAGGCGGACGUGCGCGACGCGGAUGUUGUGUAUCUCGCCAGCUUGUGUUUUGAGGAGCCGUUUCUCACUGCACUGGCGUCCCGCCUCGUCGGAGACGCCCCGCGAAUGAGCGUGCUCAUCUCCAUCCAGCCCAUCAGCGAAGCAGCGUCAGACUUCCACGCACAAUUCAAGCUGGAAACUGUUCUCAACGUUCCCAUGUCCUGGGGCAACGCUGACGUGCACGUGUAUCGACGUCCACUCAGCAUGAUCCCAGAGUUCGCCAUGUAGCUCUGUGUUCGUGUGUGCGUGUGCGUAUGCGCUCGUGUGUGUGUGUGUGUAUGUGUGUGCGCACGUCAACGCACGACAUUCGUAGUUGUCACGUUCAGUGCUCCACUUUGCAAAGUACAUGUCAAUACACCUGGUCAAACGAGAUGUACUCACUCGUGGCUUUGUUAUACUCGUUGGCGGCUUGUUCUUUGUGUUUCUUCUGUUUUAUUCUCCAUCACCUUGGAGUGGCUCUGCCUAGUCUGAUUUAAAUACAAAGCGGUGCUGUGACAUGAACUCGCAGCACCUUGCGGAAUCGCGAA